GUCCAGACGGAGUGGCUCAUCUCAGUCGGCUCCCGGCGUUCCCAGAGCGUGCUCGUCUCGCUCGAAUUAACGCGGUCUCAGUUAUGCUGUGAUAGUUGAACGCGAUACAGUGAUACAUAAGAUUCCCGCUCUUUAUUUGCAACGAAACGACGGUGUCCCACCAAGAUGCCGCUUCAAAUCAGACGAAAUAAAUGUACUUCAUUCCUUCGAGAGAAUCUUUUAACCAUCCUAACUGUGAUAGGAGUUCUCUCCGGAACGCUGCUCGGAUGGGGCCUGCGGGCAUCUGGUAUAGAAUGGUCACGACGUGAUGUCAUGUACUUCCAGUAUCCAGGUGAACUGUUUCUAAGGAUGCUGAAAUGUUUGAUAGUACCAUUGUUAGUCUCUUCGAUUGUUUCUGCGAUCGGUUCACUAGAUCUCAGUCUAUCUGGCAAGGUUGGUCUCCGAGCCAUCAUCUACUACAUGACGACGACAAUAUGUGCAGUGAUGCUCGGUAUAGCUCUAGUCACCACAAUCAAGCCAGGCCGAGGCUCUGAUGCUUACAGUCAGCCCAACGUUACCAAGAAACUCGUCACUAAGGACACGCUCACAUCUGACACUCUAUUGGAUUUAAUAAGAAACCUUUUCCCAGAGAACAUAGCUCAGGCAACGAUCGCGUCGUACCGGACGCGGCUGGCAUAUGAUCAGAAUGACACUAAGGCCAUUAAAGGUCACCUGGAAACUUAUAAAAUAGAAGGCGAUUACCAAAGCGGCAGCAACGUGCUGGGUCUGGUAUGUUUCAGCAUCGUUUUGGGUAUCACGCUUGGCAAAAUGGGGGAGCAGAGUCGGCCGUUACAAAAUUUCUUUCACGCCUUGUCUGAAGCUAUGAUGAUCAUCACUGGAUGGGUUAUUUGGUUGUCACCACUCGGUGUAUUCUUCCUCGUGACAGCAAAAAUCAUGGAGAUCGAAUCGUUUGCGGAAUUAGUCGGACGGUUGGGUCUCUACUUCAUGACGGUACUUUUGGGCCUCUUCCUCCACGGCUUUGGUACUUUAAGUAUUUUGUUCAUCCUGGCGACUAAGAAACUCCCGUGUCGCUACAUUGCUAAGAUGGGACAGGUUAUGGCGACUGCUUUUGGAACUGCUUCGAGUUCAGCAACAAUGCCCAUCACGAUCGGUUGCUGUGACGACAUGGGUCUGGACCCGCGCAUCACUCGCUUCGUGAUCCCCAUCGGCGCCACCAUCAACAUGGACGGGACCGCGCUCUACGAAGCCGUGGCUGCUAUUUUUAUCGCUCAACUAAGGAAAGUUGAUAUGUCUUUUGGCAAAAUUGUUGCUGUCAGCGUAACAGCCACAGCAGCUAGUAUAGGCGCGGCGGGUAUCCCACAAGCGGGGCUGGUUACCAUGGUGAUGGUGCUGGAUACCGUCAACCUGCCUGCUGAGGACGUCUCCAUCAUUCUCGCAGUCGACUGGUUACUUGAUCGAUUCCGUACAACUAUUAAUGUUGUUUGCGAUGCUCUCGGCGCCAUCAUAGUUACGUCUCUAUCGCAAGGGGACAUCGACAAGACGCGCGCGCUACAGAACGACAGAGAACUUGCGCCUGCGCACGAACUGACCGAGCUGGAAAAGGGUGAGCAUUGAACGAACACGUUCGCGGGCUCGCCAUCUACUUGAUUUAGAGCUCUACUCAGUAUAAAGUCCCGCUCCAUAAUUCAAACAAAAUGUAUUGAAACCUCAUUUCCCAAUGUUGAAUUGAUUUAUGCAAGAAUAAUUGAAUCUAAAUUCUAAAAAAUCUGUUUAUUAUUAAUCUGUGUACUAAGUUUAGUACUGCCUGUGAACUAGAAAUUUAUAACUUUGUUGCAUUUUAAUCUUAACGUAUAAUAAAUUAAAGAAAUAGACUUAGACGCAUUACUGACAAUAACGAUUGCGAGAGCGAGACAGAGUACGUCAUAUAUCUGUGUACCGCUCUGUAUGAGGUUAGCGUCAAGCGUUAUAACGGUUAAACGGUUAAGCGUUCUGUGUUCAAUAACGAUAACGUUAUUCCGUAUUAGGACAAUAACGUAUAAGUAGUGUGAAUUAUUUUUGUUGUGAUGAUUAAUUUAUUACGUUGCGUUGUUAGUUAGAUACUGGUUUUAUCGUCUGCACAAGGCUGGAUUAAAUAACAAAAAGGCAAUAUUAGUUUUAAUAACUCACCUAAUAUUUAAAAUGUUAAUUAUUAACCACUCAACCUUAUAUACACAUAUUAUAUUAUAUAUAUUGCAUCCAUUAAAUAAAUAAAUAUUUAUUGUAUGUAUCCAAGCUAAGUGUGGCCAGUCCAUAGAUAACAGUUUGCUUCAGAUUAAUUCAGCCUUGCAUCUGGGUUAUGAAUUAUAUAAUAAAUAUAUGUUAUAGCAAAUUAUGAUAACUUUGUUAAGUGAAAUAAUUUAUGAAAUAUUUAAAAGUAAAUAUUCUUCGUUACUACAAUAAUUUAAAUAAUUAUAAUAUUUGAUGUGUAGUGCACAUGUUGUCAAAAUACAUUUUAGUUUAUUUAUUUAUUAUUUCAAAAUAUAUAAGUAUUUAACGGAUUUAAAAAUUCAUCAGUGUGUUCGAAAUGUGCCAAAUUAUAAUAUGUAAAGCACUAAGCAGCUCUAUUAUUAAUAGUACUUAAAACUAUUUCAUGAUUUCUCAAAAAACAUUUAACUUGUAAACAGCAUUUGAAUACAUUUUGAGACGUCGUGGAACUGGUUUUGAGACCAACUUCAUAUUUCCUAUUGAAUGUUAAAAAUAUAUAAAUCUUUACAUCGACAAAGCUCUAUACUAUUUUCCUACAUUUGAUAAUGGAACGAUGUUUAAAUAAAUAUUAAACAAGUCUCAGUAGACAAGCGGUAUUUUAGCAGAUGUUUACACUUUACUCUAUUAAAAUGAAUAAUUCAAGCACGUGCACUUAAGUAUACGUGUCAAAAUACCCUUUUUCGUGUCGUUUUAGGUAUGUAACGUUAUAAAAUUUCAAAAUAACGCUGCAUAUAAAAACGAUUGAGUUAAAUUAGAUCUUAAAUGUUUUAAUCUCAUUACUUCCAAUGAAGUUUUCCUUUAAAACUUUUAACAUCUGUAACUGAGAUCUGUUAAUCUAUUUUUGUAUGAAUGUAUUAGUAUAUCCUUCAUAUGCGUGCAUGUUUGUAGUACUGUUCUAUUUAUAUUAUAACUUAUCAAAUGUGCCAUAAUAUAAGUGCGUGUAAAAUAGUUUCUAGUGUUCCGUCAUCAUGUCGUUGCAUUCCAGUUAUUAACUUAUUUUGGAAUCCAAUAACACUUAGUGUUUUAUAUUAAAUUUAAUUGUUAUAUUUUAUUUUAUGAUCGUUAAGAACGAUUUAAAAAUGACAACUUUGUAUGGAAUACAUAAUCACGAUAUUUUUUAUUUUAAAAAUAAAAACAUUGGUUAUAUAUUGUUUAUUAUACCAUCAAAAAUGGCCAAAAAUUAGAAGUUUAAGUAAAUGUUUAACCUAAGUUAAAAUGGAACGUUGUAAUUGUCAGAUUUUAUUAUUUAAAAUUAUUAUUGUAAUCGUGCAUAUGUAGAUAUUAGACCACUUAGAUGUGAAUUCACUUGUUAUUUAUUGUAAAGAUUUUUCUAAACAUUAUACAUUCUUGUAGAUUCCAUGUACAUAUUUUCUUUUCCACCUUUCCUUGACAGUUUGUUACUGACGAAGGUUAAGACAAGAAACCUAUUAUAAAAUCAUUACAUAAACCGUAACUUCAAAUACAAAUCAUUAUAGAUUUUUAUAUCGCCGUUUAUAUUUUAGUUUAUACUACUGUCUAAACUUUUCCAAAUGUUAUUUUAAUAAAUACGUACCAUAGU